CAUGGAUAAAAUAAAAUCUCUUAUUAUUGAUUUUGCUUAAUACCAGACGGAUUACCUUAGACCAAUCCCAAAUAUUGUGACAUCGGAUACAUUGUGGAAUGACAAUAUUCUUCAAAUGAAUGUCCAAUGGAAUUAUACUCUGGAAAUUAACUAUGAUAAAUUGAGUCAAGUCAAAGAGGUCAUCCAAAAAAGCUGUACAACUGAAAUCAGUGAUGAAGAAUAAAGAGUAAAUGCAACCAACAUAUUUAAAUAGCUCUUAUUUGAUUAUCUCUCAAAUGAAAAGGAUUUACUUAAAAAUUGCGGAUUCACUUGUCAAAGACUACCUAUCAUCAUUGAGAAGAACAAAGAGAUUGCACAUUUUCUCUUGAUUUAAAUAUGCAAUUUAGAUGGCUUCGAAGAGUAUUCACUCCCCAAUAUUUUAGAUUCCUAGAAGUCUUCAUCUAAACCGAUGUCACCUAGAAUACUCUUGAAUUGUUUGCUCAAUUAUUUGGCGAACUCAAAUUACCAUAAGAAUAUAUCACACAAUACAUUAACUACUGUAUAGACUUUUGCAAUAAUAUCAAAGUAAUUCAAAUAUUUAGUUGAUAGGAAAAAUAACAAUAGAACAAAUUAGUUAGGUUUGUCUCCGUUUUUAUCUAGCAGAUGCUUAAAUAAAAAGCAUUCAUCACCAAAGAUAUUCUGACUGAUGUAAGAAUAAAUAACAUUUAGUUAUAAGCAUUCUGCAUUGAAUUCUCCAAAGUUGGCGAAGUAUCUAAGCUCUUCAAACUACUCAAAGGGCAAGAUCCUGCCGCAUAAUGA